AUGUGUUACUAUGGAGGAUACUAUGGAGGCCUAGGCUAUGGCUAUGGCUGUGGCUAUGGCUGUGGCUAUGGCUGUGGCUAUGGUAGCUAUGGUUACAGCUGUUGCCGCCCACUGUGCUGUAGAAGAUACUGGUCCUAUGGCUUCUAUUGA